AUGCCUGCCAAGAUGUCGGACAACUACCCCUCUGAUGGCGAGGCCAUUGACUCCAGAGACUCUGGUUAUGUCAGUGGCAGCUCGAGUGAUGACUAUUCCCCUGAGAUCGUCUUCACCAAGCCACACUUGAAGUUCCUCAACAGACAAUUGCAAUUCCUCGAGCCUCAAGAUGUCCUGAGAUGGUGUGUCACUUCACUGCCUCACCUCUACCAGACCACUGCCUUUGGCUUGACUGGUCUGGUCACUAUCGAUAUGUUGUCCAAGUUGGCUGUGCCCCGGCCUCAGAUGGUCGACCUGAUCUUUCUCGAUACCCUCCACCACUUCCCCGAGACCUUGGCUCUGGUCGACCGCGUCCGUGAGAAGUACCCUCUGAACACCAUCCAUGUCUACAAGCCUCAGGGCUGUGAGACCGAGGAGGACUUCGCUAAGAAGCACGGUCCCCGCCUCUGGGAGAAGGAUGACCAGUUCUACGACUGGGCUGCCAAGGUUGAACCCGCCCAGCGUGCCUACCGUGAACUCAACGUGCACGCCGUCCUCACUGGCCGCCGCCGUAGCCAGGGUGGCAAGCGCGGUGACAUCGACAUCAUCGAGGUUGACGAGGCUGGCUUGAUCAAGAUCAACCCUCUCGCCAACUGGACCUUCGAUCAAGUCAAGCAGUACGUCAAGGAGAACAACGUCCCUUACAAUGAGCUCCUCGACCGUGGCUACAAGAGCAUCGGCGACUACCACUCCACCCAGCCCGUGAAGGAGAACGAGGAUGAGCGCUCUGGACGCUGGAAGGGUCAGGCCAAGACCGAGUGCGGCAUCCACAACCCCCGCUCCAAAUACGCACAGUUUCUCAUGGAGAUGGAGCGUAAGCGCCAGGAGGAAGCCAUCUCGCAGGCUCUUCAGACCUCCCUUACGACUUCUGCUCAAUGA